CUUCAACUCCAGCUCUAUCGGACCAUCAACGAAGCUUGACACGUGGCACACGAUAAGCCUCACCUCAAUAAUACGCACACUAGGCGCAUUUUAUCACAAGCCGCCACUUCUGCCGCCGCUUCCGACUCUCACCAAUCUCAUCUACAGACACACCAUAAACAAUAAAAAGCCAUGUCACUCUCACUUUCACCUCUUACCCUCCACCCCCAUGCGCACGUUAGCCCCUCCCCGUUUCCCAUGUCCCUCCUACGCCGCCUCAACCUAAACCUUUCUAACCACCACCGCCGCCGCAUCGCCACCGUCGCCGCUGCCGUUCGCCAGGACACCACUGUCUGGACUCCGGCACCUCUCUCCGAGAUCGAGCCCGCCGCUGAGUCCCUCUUCCACGUGUCCAUCGACGUUUCCGACGCGCAAGACCUGGUCGAGUCCCACACCCGCGCUGGGCAGUACCUCCAGCUCCGCGUCCCUGACGCACCUAAGCCGUCGUUUCUGGCAAUCGCGUCGCCGCCGAAGCUCGCUUCGGCUCGUGGCGUGUUUGAGUUUCUCGUGAAGAGCGUGGCCGGGUCCACCGCCGAAGCCUUGUGCGCGUUGAAGAGAGGGGAUGUGGUUGAGCUCAGCCAGGUCAUGGGGAACGGGUUUGAUCUUGCUCAGAUCGACCCGCCGGAGAAAUUUGGAACCGUUAUCGUUUUUGCCACUGGAUCUGGAAUUAGUCCAAUUCGGUCGCUUAUUGAGUCAGGAUUUAGUGCUGACAAGCGAUCUGAUGUGAGAGUAUAUUAUGGGGCCAGAAACCUUCAGAGAAUGGCUUAUCAGGACAAAUUUAAACAAUGGGAAUCUUCUGGCGUGAAGAUCGUGCCUGUAUUGUCUCAACCAGAGGAUAGUUGGACUGGAGAAAGUGGCUAUGUACAGGCUGCAUUUACAAGAGCAAAGGAAAUAUCUAAUCCUUUGUCAACUGGUGCUGUACUUUGUGGGCAGAAACAGAUGACUGAGGAAGUUACAUCUAUUCUUGUUGCUGAUGGAGUAUCAGCUGAGAAGAUAUUGAAGAACUUCUGACCAAAUUGAAAUUUUGACACUGUUGUAUUAAUUUUGAAUUACAUAUUUUCAAAUUGCCAUUGCUGGGGAUCAAGCAUCUCAGCAUGGAAUAUAGCAUAAACAUUUUUUGGAAUUCAAUCCAUAUAAUAGAAACCACUUUUACGA